AUGAAUUCAACUCUCGAGCGAAUUGAGGGCGCGCAAGCAUCCCGAAGGCGCAAAAAGACUAAGCGAGAGGUUCAACGCCUCGGGGAUAGUGGCAUAGUACGUGUAAAGGAUGCGAAUCGGUCUAUCGCGGACAGGAAGGCCAAAGAUGAUGAAAAGAAUAAGAAAGCGGCGAAGAAGGCGUAUUUGAAGGCGUACGGUCACCCCCCGCCAGCGCCCUAUAUAGAAAAUAAAACCACAGAUUCAAAUGCAGUAUUGGCAGAGGAGUCGGGCGAUCAACUUUAUUUUAUUGAUUCUACAGGUGUUUAG